AUGGAUACACAAAAUUUGAUUAAGGCCAGUACAGGAGGGAUCUGCCCAGAGGAUAAUGAGCAGUGUCUAAGGUUAGAAAAGGCAGCCUUAACGAUUCAGUCAUGGUGGCGCGGCAAGGCGGUGCGUCAGGCGCUACUGCACACAGCACUCAGGGCCUGGGUCAUCCAGUGCUGGUGGAGGUCCAUGCAGGCCAAGAUGCUGGAGCAGAGACGGCGCCUGGCACUCAGACUCUACACCUGCCAGGAGUGGGCAGUGGUGAAGGUACAGGCACGUGUUCGCAUGUGGCAGGCCCGCAGCCGGUUCCUCCGGGCUCGCCAAGCGGCCUGCGUCCUCCAGGCUCACUGGCGCUGGCAUGCAAGCCAAACCCGAGGCCUGAUCCAGGGCCGCUAUGAGGUCAGAGCCAGCCGGCUGGAGCUGGACAUCGAAAUCCUCAUGGCCUAGGGCGCUGGCGGAGCCAAGGAGACU